GGACUUGAAGGCAACAUCUGACAGACGUUUCUAUCCGCGGGGGGCGGGGCGCAGGCAGUGCGCGAUGCUGUCGUCGUCAGCACAUACAGGAAGUACUAAUCGGUGGUCUGCUAAAGGCUAACGCAGGCAAAGGAGCUGAGGAAGGUAGUGGCACAAUAAUGAAGGGGAAUAUGUGAUAUCUGCAGAGUAGGAAGCGACGUGACAGGCUGUGGGUUCACAGAGGUACGAGGUCGCUUCUGAACGCCGCGAUUUGUGAUGGCAUGCUUGUUAACCUCUGCAAUGCUGGUCAGCCCGGGUCUCCGUCCUCCAUGCCUGCUUCCCCAGACUUCACUCGACUUGUGCAGAAUGAGCGUAUGAACGCUCUGCGUAUCUCUGUCGGAGGCCUCCCCAUGUUGGCUUCCAUGGCCAACACCACUGACCCUCGUUUCCGCCUUAAGUGGAGACUCAUUGUGGCUGCGGCCCUUGCCCUGUUCCUGGUCCUGGUGCUCUUCAUGCAUUUGUUCUCUGGCCUGCGCUCCCACCCAUACAGCUCAUACAGCUGGAAAGCCGGCCACAGUAACACCCAGCAGUCAGAUGCCCAGUACAAUGACACCUACCCUCUCAGUCUGCCUGAGCACACGCCGCAGGGCACCCGCUAUCGCAUUGGGGUCAUUGCAGACUUGGACACAAACUCUCGUAGUGAAAAGGAGCUGACGUGGUUCAGCUACAUGCAGCGGGGGUACCUGUUGGUGUCCCAGAGUGGUGACAAAGUGGCAGUUGAGUGGGAUGCCGACAAGGUGGUGCUGGAAGGCCACCUGGCAGAGAAAGGCCGGGGUAUGGAGCUGUCUGAACUGGUGGUGUUCAACGGGAAGCUCUAUAGUGUCGAUGACAGAACAGGUGUAGUCUACCACAUCGAUGGUGGCAACGCGGUACCCUGGGUCAUCCUGCCUGAUGGCGACGGCAGUGUUGCCAAAGGGUUCAAAGCUGAGUGGCUGGCGGUGAAGGAUGAGCACCUGUACGUUGGCGGCCUGGGGAAGGAGUGGACCACCACUGAAGGCGAGUUUGUCAACAACAACCCGGAGUGGGUGAAAGUUGUGGGGUUCAGAGGGGAUGUACAGCAUGAGAACUGGGUUCCCAGGUACAAAGCUCUGAAGACUGCUGUGGGGAUCGAGCCUCCAGGUUAUCUCAUCCAUGAGUCUGCAGCGUGGAGCGACACCCUGCAGCGCUGGUUUUUCCUCCCUCGCCGUGCCAGCAAGGAGCGCUAUGAGGAGACGGCAGAUGAGCGUCGUGGCACCAACAUCGCCCUUAGCUGUUCACCAGAUUUCAAAAACAUAAUUUUAAGUCAAGUGGGUCCGCUUAUCUCCACUCACGGUUUCUCCUCCUUCAAGUUCGUCCCAAACACAGAUGACCAGAUUAUUCUGGCACUCAAGUCAGAGGAAGAUGCUGGAAAGAUCGCUACAUACAUUACAGCCUUCACACUUGAUGGACGCAUCCUUUUACCUGAAACCAAGAUUGGGGAUGUGAAAUAUGAGGGCUUGGAGUUCAUAUAGAUGGCUCGGGCUGAGGGAAUCGCUCUCCAGGCCGCUACACUGUGGUUCUAUUUUGUUUACAACGCAGUCACUGUUGAAGUUACUGUACUCUGCUUCCUCAUUGAAUUUGUAAAAGACAAUUUAAACCCUUAAAGGAUCACCAUCAGAACACGUAGAAAAACUGUGGGCUGAGAAUAUAUAGUGUGGAUCUGUUGUGGGUUCUGAGAAAGUGCCAGUCAGACCAAACAAUGCCAGCAUGCUGUGGGGCAUCAUCAUCUUCCUGGGACAAACGUGGCCAUCAAACAUACUGUUGUUUGUCUUAUAAUGAAUGUACAAGAGAUUUAUCAGGCUUUGAUUUUUUUUAAGUAUACAUUUUAAUGUGCACACACACAACAGGUAAAAGCCCACCCCAUUACUCCAUAUUAAACAUUGUGUGU